UGCGUGGCUGCUUAAUUAGUUGUAGCAUUAAUUUGCUGCUUCUGUUGCAUUCUCUCCCUAUUUAAGUUAAUAAGCAAGUUGUAAAUCACACUCUCCCCGUGGUGUCAGCGAGCCAGGAUCCUCAUGGUGACAGAACUGUCCAGCCAUUCCUGAAACUUCUGGUCAGGUUCCCAUCCUGGCCCACCAAAGUUUUCAGGAUGAAUCUGGAAAAACUCAGCAAACCAGAACUACUGACGCUCUUUAGCAUUCUAGAGGGAGAGUUGGAAGCAAGAGAUCUUGUCAUAGAGGCCUUAAAGGCCCAGCACAGAGACACCUUCAUUGAGGAACGCUAUGGCAAGUACAACAUCAGUGACCCACUGAUGGCUUUGCAGAGAGAUUUUGAGACCCUGAAAGAGGGGAAUCACGGGGAAAAACAACCAGUAUGCUCCAACCCUUUAUCUAUUUUGAAAGUGGUGAUGAAACACUGCAAGAACAUGCAGGAAAGAAUGUUAUCCCAACUGGCUGCUGCAGAAAGCAGACACAGAAAGGUGAUCCUGGACCUGGAGGAGGAGAGGCAGCGGCACGCCCAGGACACGGCCGAGGGGGAUGAUGUCACCUACAUGCUGGAGAAGGAGCGGGAGCGGCUCACCCAGCAGGUGGAGUUUGAAAAAUCCCAAGUGAAGAAGUUUGAGAAAGAACAGAAGAAGCUGUCAAGCCAGCUGGAGGAGGAGAGGGCACGCCACAAGCAGCUGUCUUCCAUGCUUGUGGUGGAGUGCAAGAAAGCCACUGCCAAAGCAGCCGAGGAGGGGCAGAAGACAGCAGAACUGAGCUUGAAAUUGGAAAAGGAGAAGAGUAAGGUGAGCAAGCUGGAAGAGGAGCUGGCAGCCAAGAGGAAGCGGGGCUUGCAGAUGGAAGCACAGGUAGAAAAGCAGCUCUCGGAGUUCGACAUUGAGAGGGAGCAGCUGAAAGCCAAGCUGAACAGGGAAGAAAACCGUACAAAAGCACUCAAAGAAGAGGUAGAAUGUCUGAAGAAAGCCCUGAAGGAGCUGGAGGCUUCUCAGCAGGAGCACAGUCCCUCAGAGGCGUUGCAGCCGAGCCCCUCGGUGGUGUCCAGAGGUGUCACAACUGACAGUCCCCCGGUGAAAUCUGUGUCUUGCCAGACCGAGUGUCUGCAGGCAGAGAGAGCACACCCUGCCAGCACAAGCAAAGCUGUUCACAGCGUGUUCCCCAGCCCCUCCACACCAGUUCACUCCUAUGCAAAAUCCAAUGGGCACUGUGACACGGAUGGGCAGACGGGUGGGGAGCCCCUGCAGACAAACCCCGCAGAGAGCCACGCUCAGAGGGAGAAAUCUGCUGGUGCAACCUCCGAAAACGCGGUGGAGAACGGAAGUUCUCCUGUGAGAACGGAGUCACCGGUGCACCUGAUGUCCCAGCACCCUUCUGCUGGGGUCUCCCUGUCCCCCAGCAGCACAGCUGGCUCCUCCCUGACACCUUCCCCCUGCUCCUCGCCGGUGCUGGCCAAACGCUUGGUGGGAGCCUCGGCCAGCAGCCCUGGCUACCAGUCCUCCUACCAGGUGGGCAUCAACCAGCGCUUCCACGCGGCCAGGCACAAGUUCCAGUCCCAGGCUGAGCAGGACCAUCAGUCCAGUGGGCUGCAGAGCCCCCCGUCCCGGGACCUGUCCCCAACUCUGGCAGACAACUCGGCAGCCAAGCAGCUGGCCCGCAACACGGUCACCCAGGUGCUGUCCAGGUUCACCAGCCAGCAGGGCCCCAUCAAACCCGUCUCCCCCAACAGCUCCCCCUUUGGCACGGACUACCGAAACCUGGCCGGCGCUGGGAGCCCCAAAACCGAGUCUGGCCACUCCCCGAGCCCCGUCAAGGUGUCCAGCCCGCUCAGCCCGUUGUCUCCUGGGAUUAAGUCGCCCACCAUUCCUAGAGCAGAGAGGGGGAACCCUCCACCCAUCCCUCCGAAGAAGCCCGGCCUGGCUCAGUCUCCUGCUGCUGCUGCUCCUCUCGCCAAAACCCCUUCCCAGGCGUCCCCCCUGGGUGCCCCCAUGGACGUGGCGAGCAGCUGCUCCAACAACGCUGUCGUGUCGAAUGGCAAAGACCUGGAGAUCCUCCUGCCAACCAGCAGCUAGUCUCCAGAAACUGGGAAUGUGGCAUUCCACGGCUUAGCACCCCGGAGCUAAGACACUGUUUUUCCACUCCGUGUUAUUUAUUUCCGUAGUAGCAGGUUCUGUCUGUAUAAAGCAUUUAGUAUAUUUUUUUUUCUUCUUCCUUUUUUUUUUAAUAGGUAGGAAAAUGUUUUUGUUUAUGAAGAAACCUUAACUACAGCUAUACAGUAGCCUCCAAAUGUCUCAAGGCAACAGUCAGAUCAUUAGAGAAGAACCAUAAUCGUGUGGUGGGACCUAUCAACCUCUAAUGGGACUGAAAUGCUACUUUUAAAUUAUGCAGAAAAAAGAUUUUUUUUUUUUUUUUUGCAGACUUUUUACUCCAGAUGAACAUUUUCUAAAAGUGCCUGAACUAA